UCUUGGUCCAGAUGGAGUGAAUGGUCAGAUUGCACUCAAGUGUCUAGUCAAACCAUUCAAACAAGGAUCCGGACCUGCCAAUCCUUUGAGUCUUCACCGCCUGUCGAUUGUCCUGGAAACAACACACAAUCUCAAAUUUGUGGAUUACAACCUCGUCCGCUGAGUUUUUGCCCCAUUGGGUUUGAGCAAAGUUAUAAUGGUGUUUGUUAUGCCGUCCGGAACGAGCCUCUCAAUGGAUAUCAAGCCCAUGCUUCAUGUUCCCAAAUGAAUGGUGUUUUAGCUAUUAUUGACUCGAAUGAGCUCUCAAAUCUCCUAAUGGGAUGGGAUUCAGUCAACAAGUGGUUUGGCUUGAUUCGUAAGAGUGCCACAGAUAUUCGGUUGAUGAAUGAGUGGCCAAUAAGCGAAACCUUAAUCAGCCAAAUGAAAGGAAACGAGGCAUCCUGGAGUGCCGAGGUAUCCUCCAAUCCUGAAUGCGGAUAUUUGGAUGGUCAAGGAAAGUGGGGCGCGAAAGAUUGCUCAGAGGAAAUGUCCGGAUACAUUUGUGAAUUCAAAGGAAUGGUCUGCCCCCCAGGUUACAGACCAGUCGGUACAGAAUGUAUCGCGAUUAAGCCAAACUUGUUAAAUGAACGCCUACAUAUCAAUUGCCAUGGAUAUGAAAGCCGAGAGGGCCAAUACCUAUGGACCUUACCCAAUGAUCCGUUCGUCUUGGGUGUGAUUGCCGAAGUUUUAAGAUUACAUUGGAAGGGUUCGAACGACAUCGUUUUCACCAACAAUGAUAUAUCCAGCACAAUUGGAUUUGGAGGAUUCAGCAUCGACCCGUCUGGCCCAGGGGGUUAUUUGGCCAUUCAUAAUGUCUCUGGUCAAUUUGUCAUGCGACCUUAUGAAUCCAUUCCUGAUGCUAGUUCUCUGUGUGUAGCUGUUGAUUCCAACUAUCAAUGCGACUUUGAUCAUCCAUAUUGGUACGAAACGCGAUGCAGUUGGCGUUACAUGACCGAUAAACAACGGGAAGCUGGAUUACCCGAGUCUACCAAUACAUUCGAAACGGUUCGCUCGAGUCCUUUGGACACUCCCUGGUUGAAAGUGAACAACAUAACCGAUAACUACUACAUUCAGGCCAAAGGCCAAGGGUUCCGAGCCUUGACGUCGAAGGCUGUCAAGUUGAAUCACCUCACUAAGAUAUUCUCACCGUUUUUCGGUUUUUAUUAUCGUGGAAAUCAAGCUGAGAUAGGAGUCAAGUAUUUGGAAGAGACCAAUUCUAUGAGCGGUCAACCCCAGACGAUUGACAUCCUACCAAUUAGGACUAUCGACUUCGGGUUCUCAUGGCAGUACUUCUUCUUCAAUUUUACGAAGCUGGCCAGUUUCCAAAACUUGUCUGGAGCAGAUCAGAGCCCCUCAAGAUAUUUAACGUUUCGGCUUAUCGUUUACACAAAUGUAAAGGCAGGUGGCUUUUUGGACAUAGAUAACAUGGGCCCGUGUUCCAUAGAGGAGUUCUACUUUCCGGCCAUGGACGGAUCACCCAAUCGGAUUGGAAGUUGCUUUUGGCAACAAGAAAAUACCAAUCGUUUUUUAGACAUUCCUGAUGCUUGUAACUCCAUGUCGAGGUCAGGAUUUCAACAAGCCUCUUUCAGCGUUCAUGACCAAGAAUACCACCUCCUGUUGCCAGGCAUCAAUAACUUAAACUGGUUGUCCAGUGGUCCAAAUCUUUGGGCGGGUGGAUACGAUCCAUACGGAGGCAGGCGAUUCAAUACCUUCGUCGAUGGCACGCCCUUGACCAAGGAGUCCUUCACAAAGAGCCGCUAUCCAUUUCAGUCUAGUCCAUCACGUUUUUCUGAUUUACAUUACAUAGCGUACUCGUACAACAACAACCAAUGUCCAGUUAGCUUCAACCAUCGGAACCAUGAAGUUUCUGUGGCGGCUAAUAAUCAGGCCACAAAUAAUCCUCAACCCGUUGUUUGCCAAGGGGGGCCUUGCAGCAUUGGCUUGGUUCCAAUCCAAGGCCAUUGCGUGGGGGUUGGCUCUCCAGUGUCAAAUUGGGAGGAAGGGUCGAAAGUUUGUCCUAACUUCAAGGAUACUGAUAACUUACCUGGCGAAUGGUAUUGCGAAGAAAGCAAGAGAAGCCAAUUGAAGGAAGUCUUUCAAGCCUUGGAUCUCGUGGACAGGUCGGACCUGUAUUAUGCUUCAAAGGCUUUUGGAUCUUCGUUGAGAAGCCACAAAUAUUACGACGGAUCAACCGAUUGUCUUGAUGAAUGCGAGUCUUCAUUAGCUUGCAUUUCGCCUUUGAGUCCAGAGGAAUAUAAAUCAUGUUCCUACAUUAAUUCAACUCUUCACACCGUGUUUGAAGAAUGCAAUGUCGGGGGGGCGACAUUGUGUCACAAGCCAUAUGGAUCAGACCAUGAUAGCUAUAAUGGCUAUGAGAAUUGGUUGGAGUACCCACUACAAUUCUUCCCUGAGGCUGAGUUGUUGGCUUACAAUGAUGCCGAGAAGUACUGUCACUCUCAUGGAGGUCGAAUCCCCAAUUGGUUUCAUGAUACCCAUCCUGGUUAUCAAGCAGCCUAUGAGCAAGGAAUGUUCGACCUCAUCAAGGCCAAAGCAACAGAACGACGAAAAAGCCGAUUGGCGCCUAAUUUGGAAUAUUUUGCAAUUAAUGGUGCAUUUACGCAGAAAACUGGUGUGGCAUCAGCCAAUCGUAGAUAUGCCAACUUGCAGCAUUGUGAUUCCAAAAUUGGCUUCUUGUGCCAACGGAAAGCUGCUGCUGGUCUCGCGUCUCAAGCCAAUAUUCAUGUUGGUUGCUACCCAACUGUCAUUGAAGCUGACGGGUCAUUACUGGCCUCCAUGGUUUCGCCCCACAUGACCAUCAACUUUUGCGUGGAGUUUUGUAUGGGUCAAAGUGUCUCUGGAGCGGCUCCUUUAAUUGGCCUUCAAGGCCAAAGAUGCGCAUGUUUGAAGACAGCCUUAGGUGCCAAAUUUUCUACCGGAAUGUGCGAUCUAAGAUGCCCUGGGAAUCCCAGUCAGGUUUGCGGAGGGCGUGGGACAUUCUCGGUCUUCAAUCUGCUUAACCGAACCGCUGUGGAGGAAGCCAUUUUUGUUUUCAAUGGCUUUGAAGGAGAGCCCAGAGCCGAGAUAAUCUUAGCAGGGGGUCGGGUGGAAACAUUAGCGGAGUUUCCUCCUUUGCCAGAGCCCCUGAAAUAUGGUUCUGUGACAAUGGAUGGCAGAUCAAAAUUGAUUCAUUGCGGAGGCAUGACUGCAGAACAAGUUCUCCAUGAGGGCUGCUUCUCGUUGGAUUUUUCUGCCGAUAUCUUAACUUGGACCUCAAUGGACAGUAUUCCCCAAAAAGAGAAGCGGCUUGCUUUUGCCAAUAAUGAAGGCCACCUCAUUGCGUGUACCAUCUCGGACAUAUCUUGUUGGCAUUUCGAUGAAGUGUGGAAACCAUUGAAGGAUCUUCCCUCUCCUUUGACCAGCAUUACACCCAAUUGCAUCUUCGUGGAAAAUAACACACUUAUUGCGUUUGGAAGGGCAGGACAUCAAAUCUAUUUCUAUGAUUUUCUAGACAAUCGUGAGUGGGUUAGUCUGCACCUGCCUGUGGAAGUUCACCAGGGUUUCGCGAACCCUGUGGCUAAUUUCAAAGGCCGUAAAGGCUUCCUGUUUGCUCUACCGUCUCCCUUCAAAAUAUAUUUCAUUCACCUUGAGAACCUUCAGGUUGUGUCAACAUCUUUGGUUCAAGAGUUGCCUCAAAUAAAUCUCGUGGGACCAAUCAGUUUUCUAUCUCUGGCAGAUGAGAUCCAUCUCAUUAACAGUGACACCAAGAGUAAAAUUUAUAGCAUGGAUUGGAUGACUGAAACUAUGCAGCUCUCAGAUUUAGGGGACAAAUUGCAAUGCUCGCCUGAUUGUACCGUCGUAAAAGCGACAACCAAAUGGUGGCCUGAUAUUCACGCGCCCUCUGUCUUUGAAAGACGUUACACAUCUUGUCGAGAAGCACUUGCUCUUGGCGCUCUUCAGCCAAAUGACGGUCAACCUAUGAAGCUUCUUUUAGAGGAUGGAACCUUUGUAAAUUGCUCCAAAGAGAACAUGGAUGGUGGAAGCCUGUCUUGCCCCAAAGGCUGGUACGGGAAUGCCGACAACGGGUUUUGCUUUCAAGUCCAUUUGGAUAUGGUGUCUAAUAUUGAAGCAAGCCGGCAAUGCUUAUCAAUGGGAGCAAAUCUUGUGGCACCGAAAACCCCUGCCGAUGAAGAUAUGGUAACCGAUGUGCUAACGAGCCGCUAUGACUAUGCACAUCCAAUCAGUCCAGGAUUUUAUCACUUGGGUAUUUAUCAAAACCAGCAAGAAAACGUCAUCUACCAAAGUAAUGGGAAAACGCCAACCUUUAUCAAGGACAAGCCGUGGUCAGGACCUCUGGCCCAAACCACAAAAUCCUCUUGCUUGGCAUACAACACUAUAAUUUGGCCUCAUGUGAUGUUUGAUUAUCGAUACAAAUGGUUGGACAUCUCGUGCGAGAGGCCUGCUCGAUUUAUUUGCAUGAACAAUCCAGAUUUCUUGGGCUUCCGACCUUUAGCAGCCAUUGACACCGAAUCUGUUGCUCAAUCGUUCGACAUUGAAACCAAUUCAUUGGGUUCAUGCUUUGCCCUGUGUUCAGGAGUUCCAGAUUCAAGAAUCAUUGCAGCCAAAGAAAGCACAUGUAAUUGUAUGAAAGAUAAUGCCCAGGUUCGAAAUCCCACUUUCAAGGUACAAAAUGUAAUGACCAGUCAGUUUCUGACCUUUGAUGAUGCCAGCCCAAUAGCAAUCAACUUGAACGAUGUUGGUUCAGAUUGGAAAUGGCUUGGAAACGCGUUGGUUCCAAAGGAAAGCGUCCAUUUGGCCAUUGAAAUUUCCAUACAGUCUAUGCAAGCCUCUCUGAGUCCUCGGGAUCCCUCAAAUCCAACACAAAAGUUCCUGUUCGCCUCUGGCGAGCUUUUCAUGCCGGACUUGGCUAGAUAUUUAAGUAUAAAAAACAACAAAUUAAUAGCCGAUGCUACCAAUGAAGGAGCUUCAAAAUGGACCUUUGUUCCAUCAGAAGAAGAAACGAUUUCCUUGAAAAAACGGACCAUUGAAGACGCCGUGGAACCAGGUUCAUAUCCGUUCGCUUGUGAUCAACUAAUCCCAUGUCCAGGGGCUUUGUAUCAAUCAUGCGGAUGUAAGAUCAAUCCCCUUGGCAGUGAUUUGGCCAUUCUCUAUCACACAGGAAUCUCAGGAGAUGAGCCUGCGAGCGCAUCAUUGCAAUUCACAUCUUGUGAAGAUGUUAGGAACAAAGGAUUAAUGGGCAACGCCUUUUAUCUCAUCAAUGGUCAGCGUACCUACUGUGAGAACUGGAAUGCUGAUUGUGGAAAAGGUUUUGUCCUUCUGGGCCAGAGAUGCUACAAUGUGUCUUUCAGCACCAUCGACAAAGCCAAUAUUGAAAGUGAAUGCGCCGCAAUGAGUGCCUCCCCACUUCAAACUGAUUCAUCUGAAAUACUUCAGCACAUUAAGGAUCUUCUGGAGUUUCAAGGGGAGAAGCAGGACAUCUGGAGUGACCUUUCUUGGAACUCGACCCAUAAUGGGUACUUUUCAAGUUCUGGAACGUCUGCUUCUGAUCUCGGACCAUGGGCUGGAACCCCACCUUCAUUGCCAAGUGAAGACUGUGUUGUUCUCUCAAUUUCUGAUCAGUCCAAGUUCAAACAAACUAAUUGUGAGAAAAAGGCCAAAUACAUUUGUGAACGAGAGGCUUGCCCCCCGGGAUUUAUUUAUUUCGUUUCCAAGUCUUGUGUGGCUUUCAUCAAAGAAAAGGCCAGUAAGGCCGAGGCCAGGACCCAGUGCUCCAAGAUCAGUCCAAAUUCUGGUUUGCCACGCUUAACACGACCAGAUCAAGAGGAGAAAGUGAAAGAUAUCUUGAAAUCAUUUGGAGGGGGCGAAGUGUUCCUCGGUCUGGAACGAAAUGCCAAAGGUCAUUGGACAUGGGACUUAGAUGGAUCUCCUGUGUUCGUCACCCUCUUGAAUGCAACUGGAGAAGUCACGGCUCAGUUUUCGUGGCCACAUCGGGCAGGUCAUUAUCUUCCAUCGAAUUUGGUUGAUGGGCGUGUUCUGCAUUCAGGCAGUAGAGCCCUAACAACAUUGGCAUCGCUUCAAUGGUUCUGCCUCACUCUUCCAGAGGAGAUAACGAUAAAGAGUAUAAGGGUUGCUAUGUAUCCAUCCAGUGCCCACAAUCGGUUUAACAACGUUGAAGCGCGAGUGGGCCAUGAGGAGCCUUCGACUUUAACAUCGUCCAUAGCUAUGAAACUGACACAAAACACCUAUUGCGCCUCAUUUACUGGACGACCUACCAAUGAGAAGGUCAUUGAGAUGACCUGUCCUAAGCCAGGUCUCUCAGGAAAAGUGGUCACUCUCCAAAGCUCGGACACCAUUUACCUGCAAGCCUUGGAGGUUGAUGUUAUGGACUGUCCCAACACAUUUGUGCACUUGAACAACAAGUGCUACUCACUGGUGCGACCAAGCUCAAUUUAUUCUGCUGCAGUGCACGAGUGCUCUGUCAAAGCCUCGGUAGUCUUCACUCCCACAACCAAAACUGAAAGAUUGGUGGCAAGCAAUCUCAUGGAGAUGUACCAAGUAGACGUCAUCUUUGCAGGAGUCAAAAGAGCCUUUGAGGGCGAUAUACUUCGAGCAGAGAGUGGCUUGGACAUCAGUGGAGUUAUUUAUGAUCCAAAUUUGUCGCAAUUGAAAAAAGAUACUGCGUUCCUAGGCUUGUUUGAACGGGGACGUGAUUUCUUUAAUCUGACUCUCGAUAAAUAUGCUCAAUACAAUGCCAUUUGCGAAUAUUAUAAGGAGAUAACAUACACCAAUUGGGGAGCAUCCAAUGAGUACCUUGAGCCGCUUAAUGAGCCAGCACAAUCCUGUGUCAAGAUUUGCCAAGGUGCCAAUUGUACCAAAGGCGAGCAAUGGACCACCACUUCAUGUGAAGAGGAGUUGCCGUUUUUGUGCAAAUGGGAAUUCAAAUGUCCUCAAGGUUGGAUGGCUUUUGAUGAUGCUUGCUACAAAUUGGAGAGAUCCCUGGCCAUGAGAGAAGCACCGGAAGCUGCCCACGAGUAUUGUGCCAACAUCUAUGGGGCAAGUGGUCUGGUUGUAAAUAGCAUUCCGGAAGCCACAUUCCUCCGUUCCUUUCUCACUGAAAUCAAUAACUUCCCUGCCUAUCAAGGCCAAAAUAUAGCCAAUGGGGUGUUGGGGAUGAUAUUUAAGCCACAUUCGCGAUAUCCUAGAUUUAUGGAUGGAUCGUUCAUGUCACACAUGGAUACCUUUCCUGAUCUUCGACAGACCUCACUCAAUUCAUUAGUCAACUCCAUGUCGGACACCUCUUGCUUGAGAAUUUCAGAAGGGGGGCUGGUUUCUGGUUGUUACAACAACAUCGAGGCCAAUAUUCUUUGCGAAAAAUCUUUGGCUUUCGACAAGCGUCUUUGCGUAAAUGCCUCUAACCUACGGAACGCUUUAGAAGUUGCUCCCGGCGUGAAAAUUGAGGUCGAUAAUCAUUUGGUAGCUUCCACUUGCGUCCUCUUUUGUCGAGGUCUAGACUUCAACCAUACCCUUGUGAGCAAUAAUUCGUGUCAAUGUGUGAGCAAAUUGAAAUUCAGCCCUACUGAAGGGGAUCCCGAAAACUUCUUGCCCAUGAGCCAAUGCCCCUAUGGUGAGGCCAAUCAAAUUGUAGGCGAUGGGGUCAAGAGCUUGGCAUUUUAUAGCUCCGGCAUUGGAUCCCUUCACCCUGCCGAGAAAAUUGGACCAGUAACCUGUGGAGACUUGCACGAGUCCCUCAACCUAAUGGUCCCUGGGAUGAGUUUCACUUAUCUACAAAAUGAUUAUGGAACUGUUCCAGUCAAAGUGAAUUGUGAUCAGAACUUGGACCGUUGGUGUCUCUUCAAUCAGCUUCCUUUUCUUCCAAGUGGUUUUCUUCGAAUAUCUGGAGCUGAGGAUCAUUUAAAUACCAUUGACUCCAUUCAGAAUCUGUUCCAAUACAAAGAUGAGUCGUAUUCAUUCAGGGCCUGUUCCAAGCUCAGGCCCCAUUCGGAGGGUUUUCAUAACAUACCAAAAGUAACAGAUCUUUGCGAUCUAACCCAAGGGUCCUCCUUAAUUAUUGAUGGGUCAGGAAAAUUGGCGCCUGAAGUCAUAAUCACCGUAAAGUUUCCCAAGCCGAUGGUUUUGACCAGUUUCUAUGUGAUGUCCGAAUAUGAGGACUUCUAUCGAGCGCGAAUCAAAAGCUUUGGAGCCAUAACUUUUGUACCUGAUGGCGUUGUGGGAUCACGCGAAAAAAUUGGUAUCAAUAUUUCAUCAAUCGAGUUCGUAUAUGAUGCGAAUGCGAUUCAAUAUCCUCGAAAAAAGGAGUUCUUCAAGGUAUCAAACUCGACCCGACCAUUUCCUGUGGUGACCAAUGAGAUUCAGUUCCACAACUUGACCAUUUCUUCAACGAAAACCAAUUCAAAUAUGAUUGAAGCCGAGCUUGUCCGCGAAAUCAGCCUUCAGAUGAUGGUUUUUGGAUGUCCUUUGAAUGACUAUAACAAAGUCUUUUGUCCCAAUGAAUCUACGAGCCCAAGUGGAGGAAAUUGCACCUUUGUGAAACGGAACCCGGAAUCUGGAAUUGCAUUCGAAGAGGCGAAAAUGAAAUGCUCGGAAAUGAAUGCCGAAAUCUUAACACCGAGUAAUCUUCAAAGUAUCAUGGAUCUUACGACCAUUUUAAGUGCUUAUCCUGGAGAGGAAUUUUGGGUUGGCAUUGAGUAUGGCUGGAGUGAGUUUUCGGGUAGCCACGCUUGGCACUUCGUUAAUGGACUCACUAUUUUUGAGUCUCAUCUUGCCCAUUGGGCAAACGGUCAUAACGAUGAAAAUGGCGAAUGUGUGAAGUUAUUGCUCAUGGAUGGCGAGGUGGUGUGGAAAAAGACAGAGUGUUCGAACGCUUCAGGGGGAAACUAUUUAUGUUCCACAUCCCAAGACAAUUACAGGAUAGGUUGUUAUCUUCUGUCACCCGACGACUCUGUCCAAGUUCCAACGCCAAUCCCAGCUAAUUCAAAUAAAGCCCAGAUUCAACAGUUCUGUUCGUUGUUGUGCGAGUCCCAAACGAAGUUUUAUUUCGUCAUUCGAGAACAAAAAUGCUUUUGCAUUUUCAGUCCUCAUGGAGGUGUUCUUCCCGAUGAGUCUUGUUCCAAAGAGGAUUGCAAGGAUGGACAAGAUCAAAAGAGGGACAAUUGUGAACCCAAAUCCAAUUAUCAACGAGGGGUUCUAUAUCGCACGUGGGAUCUGGGUUGUGAUCCAUUGAAUCUAACAGGAACUAAUACCUACAUUUGGAGAGAAGACGCUCGUCAUCUUUGGGGCUCAGAAACCACAGUCAGAUGUCACCCUGGUUUUGAAUUGGACCCAAGUCUUGAGAAGAGCUCAAAAGUGGAUCCAAACCUUCACACUCAAACUUGUCAGUGUGAUUUGAAUGACAAAGGAGGUGCAUGGUCUUGUUCCAUUGUUCCAUGUGUGCCAAGGGUCUGCCAAGGGAACCCAAUCGCUCCUUCAGGCACCACAACAACUUACUUUAAAAGACCGGAUCCUGAGUCAGAACAUCACGUUUUUACGGCUAAAAAUGUGUUUUGCCCAAGGAAUUCAACCUUACCGAAACUGAUACAGGACGCUCAUGGAUAUGCCGUGGAUGGCUCAUUGGGAUUGGUCAAAAAUAUUACACUCUCUUGCGACAUUGAUGGGAAAUGGAUAGUUUCUGGCACACCUAGUGGAUCAAUUUGCCCUGAUGAAAACCCCCUCGAGUCCGUCUACUCUUGUGAAAGUCCGGCUAUUCCGGAAUGCCUAGAUCAAACGGUUUAUUGCCCCAAACCUCCAGAAAUUCCAAAAGACGCGGAAAGGGAGGACAUCAUUAGGCCAGUGAAUGUCACCGAGUAUGAUCAUGUUCCCGGGACCAAAUUGAUUUUCAAGUGUCCCAAACCCAUGUGGGCUUUCAACUACAGUCUCCCAACUCCAUUUAUAUCCUAUGCCUAUUCGACAAAUAUUGAUAACAUCUCAAUUGAAUGCACAGAAUCUGGAUCAUGGAAGGUAUUGGGUGGGAUGAAAGAUGAAACUUGCCAAGAACCCAAACAAGAUGGAACUUGUGGCGAAAUUUAUUUUCCACCUUGUGUGGAUCGAGCCGUCCGAUGUUCCAAUAUUGAGUUGCCCGAAAAUGCUCUCAAAACCAUGGUAUUGGAGGUUGACUCCAUGGAUCAUUCUCUGAUGGGGACCAAAUAUAAGAUUUCUUGCUCCCUUGAGAACUACUAUUUUGAUUAUUCCAUUCCAAGUGGAACGCUGUCUUAUUUCUACUCCACCAAUAUAAAUGAAACCACUUUUGAAUGCCAUCAAGAUCGGCAUUGGAUUGUGACGAAUGGUAUUGCUGAAGAAACUUGUGAGGAUCCAAAACUUACCGAUGGUCUGGUGACUUGUGCCAAUGUCAAGGUUCCCAAUUGUGUUGAUCGAACCAUUCGUUGUCCAACUCCUCCAAUGCCCAUUUCACCUCAGAAAACCUUUCACCGAGUGAUCAAACCAGAUCAGUUUGAUUUGGUCAACACUACCAUUCAAUAUGAAUGUCCAAAUCAAAGGAAUGUUUUCUUUGAUUAUCCAACCGGUCCCAAUUUUAUAAGCUACGUCAAUGAACCCCAGAUGCGAAAUAUCACCAUCACAUGUAACAAGGAGAGUUUUUGGGUGGUUGAGGGUGGAAUCUCGAAUGUCACUUGCCAUAAGAAUUCCAACCCUGAUCCAACAGCUGAAUUAUGGUGUAAAGAAGAUCUGCUCAUUCCUGAGUGCGAGGAUCGUGGUGUGUAUUGUCACAAGCCGGAAUUGGCUUUGGAACACGGCGAAGUUACAGUGCUGAAGAAUCCACGACCCGACUUUGGAACAAUCAACGACACUUCAUGUACGUGGAAAAGGUGGUUAAACGUGGACACUGAUCAAGCAGAUGGCAAAGAGGAAGAAUCCCUUGUCAAAUUGACCCAAGAGUUUGGCACUGAUGCCUGUUCCAAUCCCAUUGCCUUUCAAGCCCGUUCCGUUCAAACAAAAACCAGUUCCAAUUUCACCGGUGACAGGUUUGAGCAUAUCGACACAGAUUCAGGGUUGUUGUGUCUCAAUGUGCGCCAACCUAAUGGAAAAUGCGAAGACUAUGAAGUCAGAUUGUGUUGUCCCAUUCAACCUGAAAGUGGAACAUUGAUCCGAUAUUCGUGUCCAAAUUCAGAAUAUUAUUUGGAUUUCAAAGACGACCAAUUUCCAAAGUUCUUACAUGUGGAAUGCCAGGAUGAUGGACUAUGGCACUCAAAAGAUGUCCAAAGCAAGGAAUUAUGUUCGAAUGGCACGAAAGCUUGUGCUUUGCCAAAUAUUCCAUCCUGUCAAAGCAGAAAAGUUGCAUGUCCCUUGGGACAAUUACCAUUCAGAAGUGAUGCCGAGAGGAACCUCUUGUCGUUGGGAAACGAUCUAUAUCUUGGGGCCACGUAUUCUUAUCAAUGCAAAACAUCAGGUUGGGUUUUUAAUACUACCGGGUACCCCAAACAUAUUGAAACGACUUGCACACUGCCCAAGAACUAUCCCUCCGCUUUCACUUGGUAUUAUGAGCAAUGGCUAGAUGGUAUUUGGAAAGGCACAUCAGAACUCAAGGAAUGCAUUGAUCCAAAUUUGUGCCACGAAGAAGUUCCCGAGUUGCCCUUUGACCUGACAGUUCGAAGUGAUGUUCCCGACAACUUAAACCGAUCAAUUGGAUCUACCUAUAACUAUUCUUGUUCUGAAAAAUAUUGGGUUUUUGAUAUUAAUCCAAAUCGAAGCUGUUCACAAGUAGGAUUUUGUGACAAUAAGGCGCACGAUUGGGUCUUUGAUCAUUCCGUUUAUGGAACCAAAAGUCUCGAGGUUCAGUGCCAAUCAUCAAAUUCCUCCACAGAACUGCCUCAAUGGAUAUGGACCGUUGAGGGAUUUGCGUUCCAAGGCUUCAUUCCAUCUUGUCUGGAUCCAACUUAUUGCUUGACGGAUCCGCCCAUGCCCCCCAAAGGCGUGAGCUCGGACCCAUUUCCACCCCUCGGCGAAUGGAAAUUUGAAGACCAACUAGAACUCACCUAUACCUGUGAUCAUCCAGAACUCAGGUUUCCCAAUGAUGAAUUUCCACCUGAAUCUUGGAAUCUAACCCUUGGGGUUAGAUGUGGCUGGGACCAAACUUGGGAUCCUCCUGUUGUUCCACAAUGCGCUGAUCCACGUCAAUGUGAGGCUCCACCUAACGGAAACGAGGUCGUUUUUGCUCAAUGGGAUCAUAUUGAUGAAAAAGACAAACGGCUCUCAAAUGGCAGCAAGUAUUGGUAUCAAUGCCAAUCGGGAGUUUUCAUGUUGGAGAAUGAGAUAGAAGCAGAUUUUUUUGAAUUGACUUGCUUCAACGAAGGAUCGGGAGCCAAGCCAUACUGGAUCCCUGUGCUUCUGUACAAUCCAUUUCCCAAAUGUGUCCUAAAAGGUAAGAAAAUCAUACUCCGUUAUUUGUUAACACACUCUUUAAAAGCGUCAUGGAAAUUAAUAAUGUAUUUUUGGAAUAAUAAAGCAUUUGAAAAGAGCUGGUUGGCGUUGUUCAUUUGCAUAUGGUCAUGA